AUGGCCAGCCAAUGGGAAGCUGGUGCUGUGGCCAAGCCAGCCGGGGCCUGGGAGUCGCGGGGGCCGGGAGCGGGAGCGGGAGCGCGGGGCACCGAGCCGGCGGCUCCCCCCGCAGUGGAGAAGGGCUACUUCGCCCGCCGCGAGUUCUCGUUCACGCUGCGCGACGACAUCUACGUGCGGUACCAGAGCUUCGAGCACCCGCGGGACCUGGAGAAGGAGCUGCAGAAAGCCUGCCCCUACAAGGUGGACAUCGGGGCGGUGUACUCGCACCGGCCGAGCCAGCACAACACGCUGCGCUCGGGGGCCUUCCAGGCCCAGGAGAAGGAGCUGGUGUUCGACAUCGACAUGACCGACUACGACGACGUCCGCGGGUGCUGCAGCUUGGCCGAGAUCUGUUCCAAGUGCUGGACCCUCAUGACCAUCGCCAUCCGCAUCCUCGACCGAGCGCUCGUGGAGGACCUGGGGGUGCAGCACCGCCUCUGGGUGUACUCCGGUCGGCGCGGCGUGCACUGCUGGGUGUGUGACGACACCGUGCGCAAGUGGUCGUCUUCGCUGCGCUCCUCCAUUGUCGACUACCUCAGCCUGGUCAAGGGUGGGGCUGACACUGUCAAGAAGGUGCAUCUCUCGGACCCCGUGCACCCCUUCAUCAGCAAGUCGCUGCGCAUUGUGGAGGAGUACUUUGAGGAGUAUGCGCUGCUGGGGCAGGACAUCCUGGGCAGCCAUGAGAGCUGGGACAAGGUGCUGACCCUCGUCCCGGAGCCCCUGCGUGAGCAGCUGCAGCAGGAUUUUCCCCGGAAGCGUGACUCGGUGCAGCGCUGGACCCGGCUAAAAGCCCUUGCUGAGAAGUCCAGGCAGUCCUCAAGCAGCUCGAAGAAGCUGCCAUCCUACGUAGAGCAGGAAAUCAUGCUGCAGUUCUGUUUCCCACGCCUGGAUGGCAACGUCAGCAAGAGCCUCAACCACCUGCUCAAGAGCCCCUUCAGUGUCCACCCCAAGACAGGUCGCAUUUCAGUCCCCAUUGACGUUCAGCAGCUGGAGCAGUUCAACCCCUUCGCCGUCCCCACCAUCAGCUCUCUCUGCCGUGAGCUAGAUGAGGCCAACGACGAGGACAAGGACAAGGAGAAUGAGGAGAAUCCUGAGCCCAGGCGCCGCGUCCGGGACUACAAGAGGACCAGCCUGGCACCCUACGUACGGGUCUUCGAGUGCUUUGUGGAGGACAUGGAGCGGGCUCGCAGGGGUGAGCUGCUUCGGAGGAGUGACCUGCAAGCAGACUUCUGAGGUUCCCUGCCCAGACCUCCCCCAUCUUCUGCGCCUUCCUCAGAGACAUGGGCAUGGUCAUCAUCACUGACCAA